AUGGCGUCCCUCCUCGCAUCGCCAGCCACACUGGCUGGGCCUCGAACCGCAGGUUCGUCUUUUCUCCAUAACCUUCCUGUGUCGUCCAUAUCCGUACUUUCGCACCUCCCCAGCAGGCUAACAGUUCGAUCCAAUCCUCCCUCUCCGCCCCUCCCCUCCUCCCGCCCUCCCCCUCCCCCCACUUCUCCCUUCCCCUCCCCGUCUCCUAACAGCAUUCGCCAAAGAUCAUCUCCCGCAUCGCCCAGCAGGCUAGCAGCCCGAUCCCCUUCCCUUCGUCUCCUCCCACUCAUCUGCGCUCCUCGCUAUUCCCGUCAUCCCCACCCAACCCCCCCUCAAAAACCCCCUCCCACUCCCUCCCCGAGCAGCUUUCGCCAAGGAGCAACUUCCCCAUCUCCCCAGCAGGCUAGCCACCCGAUCCAAUCAAUCCCCCCUCUUCCUCCCCCAACCAACCCCCCUUUCCCCUCCCCCUCCAUUCGCCAAGGGCCAUCUCCCGCAUCUCCCCAGCAGGCUAGCAGCCCGAUCCCCGUCCCUUCGCCUCCGCCCAUUUCCGAGACCAGUAGCGGCUCAGUCGAAGACAGCAAGAUCGACUUUGGCGACUUUUUCAAGGGCGAUUUACCCAAGAAAUUCCUCAUGCUCCUGGGUCUGCUCGCCCUAUCCCGCGUGGGAAUCUACAUUCCCCUGUGGGGGGUCGAUAUCUCGGCCUUCCAGGAGCAACUGGGGGAGGGCUCAUUCCUGGCCACCCUAGAUACCCUCUCAGGGGGCGGAAUCGGACGGCUGGGAUUGUUUUCGCUGGGCAUCGUGCCGUAUAUCAACGCUCAGAUCGUGUUUCAGCUGCUGGGGACGCUGUAUCCGAAGAUUGCAGAUCUGCAGAAGAAGGAGGGAGAGGCGGGGAGGAAGAAGGCACAGCAGUAUAUGAAGUAUAUGGCUGUGGCGUUUGGUGCUCUGCAGGUAUUUUGA